GCGUCUGUAGGGACACGAGGGGGAACUCAGAAUUCAUUCAUUCAUUAAGCUUUCUUUAAGUUUACUCUUAGUUGUUAAGUAAGCAGUUUAUGACAAAUUGUAUUUCAUAGUUCUGUUUUUAUAUCGGGGAACUUAAUAUCCACGUUAGUGCUUCUUUUGGCUAAUAUGACCAAAAUCCUGCUAGCCUACAGCGUUGUUAAAUCCCUGAGACAUGGAUCUGUGGUUGGCAGAAGAGUUGGGAACACGUCGGCCUGGUUUAGACACCAAACUACUAAACUUUUUAGUGUGAAGGCCCAGACAGCUAACCUGGUCUUGGAGGAUGGCACCAGGAUGAAAGGUUUCUCCUUUGGGCAUGAUGUUUCUGUAGCUGGAGAACUGGUCUUCAACACUGGCUUAGUUGGAUAUCCUGAAGCCCUGACUGACCCGAGUUACAGAGGUCAGAUCCUGACCCUGACCUACCCUAUUGUGGGAAACUAUGGAGUACCUAACACCCAGGAGCUGGAUGAGUUGGGCUUACGAAAACAUGUGGAGUCAGAUCGCAUUCAGGUAUCUGGUCUCCUGGUUCAAGACUACAGCCAUGAAUACAGCCACUGGAACUCUGUCAAAUCUUUAGGACAAUGGCUACAAGAAGAAAAGGUCCCUGCACUGUUUGGAAUAGACACCAGAAUGCUGACCAAGGUCAUCAGAGACAAGGGCACAGUGUUGGGGAAAAUUGAGUUUGAAGGGAAACCUGUUGAGAUAUCUGACCCCAAUGAGAAAAACCUGGUAGCAGAGGUCUCAACCAAGGAAACCAAAGUUUUUGGAAAAGGAAACCCAAUAAAAGUGGUGGCUGUUGAUUGUGGCAUUAAACACAACAUCAUUCGCCUGCUUGUGAAGAGAGGUGCAGAGGUCCACCUUGUCCCCUGGGAUCAGGACUUGCUGAGCCUAGAUUAUGAUGGCCUCUUCAUCUCCAAUGGACCGGGAGAUCCAUCUCUAGCCAAGACACUCAUCCAGAAUGUCCGCAAUGUGCUUGAAAGUGAUCGUCCUGAGCCAGUGUUUGGGAUCUGCAUGGGCAACCAGAUCACAGCUCUUGCUGCUGGAGCUAAGUCGUAUAAACUACCAAUGGGGAACAGAGGCCAGAACCAGCCAGUGCUGAAUGUGAUGACGGACCAGGCCUUCAUUACUGCACAGAACCAUGGCUACGGCAUAGACAGCAAAUCCUUGCCUCCUGGAUGGAGCCCACUUUUCGUCAAUGCGAAUGAUGGCACCAAUGAGGGCAUCAUGCACAACACUAAACCCAUUUUCACAGCCCAGUUCCAUCCCGAGGCUAAAGGAGGCCCCACAGACACAGAGUUUCUCUUUGAUGCCUUUAUAUCUCUGAUCAAGAAAGGGAAGGAUACAAACUUGGUGUCAGUCAUGCCAAAGAAACCCGCCAUCCCUCCAAGAGCCCAGGUGUCAAAGGUGCUGGUUCUGGGCUCUGGUGGGCUCUCUAUUGGUCAGGCUGGAGAGUUUGACUACUCUGGAUCUCAGGCUGUUAAGGCCAUGAAGGAGGAGAACUUGAAAACAGUGCUCAUGAACCCAAACAUAGCCUCAGUUCAGACCAACGAGGUGGGCACCAAGCAGGCAGACUCGGUUUACUUCCUGCCCGUCACGCCUGAGUUUGUAACUGAAGUUAUCAAAACUGAGCGCCCCGAUGGCAUCCUGCUUUCCAUGGGUGGACAAACUGCACUCAACUGUGGAGUUGAGCUAUUCAAGCGUGGUGUCCUGGAGCAGUAUGGAGUAAAGGUGCUUGGAACCCCAGUAGCAUCCAUCAUGGCCACAGAGGAUCGACAGCUUUUUGCUGACAAACUGAUGGAGAUCAAUGAGAAGAUUGCACCCAGUAUUGCUGUGGAGUCGGUAUCAGAUGCCUUGAAAGCGGCAGAAAAGAUUGGCUAUCCUGUGAUGUUGCGAUCGGCAUACGCCCUGGGAGGUCUGGGCUCUGGUCUCUGUGCCAACAAAGAGAAGCUGGAGGAAACGGCACAGAAGGCUCUGGCUAUGAGCAGUCAGAUCCUGGUGGAGAAGUCUUUGCUCGGCUGGAAGGAGGUGGAAUAUGAGGUGGUGAGAGACGUGGCUGAUAACUGUGUGACUGUCUGCAACAUGGAAAACUUUGACCCACUGGGGAUUCACACAGGCGACUCCAUAGUGGUGGCACCGAGCCAGACAUUGUCCAACGAGGAGUACCACAUGCUCCGAGAGACAGCCAUCAAAGUGGUUCGUCACCUUGGCAUUAUAGGUGAAUGCAACAUCCAGUAUGCUCUACACCCCUCCUCCCUGGAGUAUUGCAUCAUUGAAGUUAAUGCCCGCCUCUCCAGAAGCUCAGCACUGGCAUCCAAAGCUACCGGUUAUCCAUUGGCUUUUGUUGCUGCCAAGCUGGCUCUGGGUAUCCCCCUGCCUGAAAUCAAGAACGCUGUAUCAGAGAAGACCACCGCCUGCUUCGAGCCAAGCUUAGACUACAUCGUCACCAAGAUCCCUCGCUGGGAUCUCGACCGUUUUCAGGGCAUGUCCCAUGAAAUCGGCAGUGCCAUGAAGAGUGUUGGAGAGGUGAUGGCAAUAGGUCGGACCUUUGAGGAGAGCAUGCAGAAAGCCCUGAGGAUGUGUCAUCCAUCAGUUGAUGGCUUUAUGCCUCGCCUGCCACUCAAGAAGGCCUGGGCUGACACCCAGGACCUUCAGAAGGAGCUGUCUGUGCCUUCAAGCACUCGCAUCUUCUCUAUUGCCAAGUCCCUUUACAGCGGUUGGAGUGUUGAUCAAAUCCACCAGCUGACUGCAAUAGACAAGUGGUUCCUCCACAAACUUCAGAGCAUCGCUCAUCUGGAGCAGCACCUGGCAAAUUACAAGAGUGAUACAGUACCAAAGGGUCUCCUGCUGAAGGCCAAACAAGACGGUUUCUCAGACAGGCAGAUUGGACAGAUUCUGGGCUCCUCUGAGAGAGCAUCCAGGGAACUGAGGCUCAUGCAUGGUAUUAGACCGUGGGUGAAACAGAUUGACACCUUGGCAGCAGAGUAUCCAGCAAUGACCAACUACCUGUAUUGCACUUACCAUGGUCAGGAACAUGAUCUGGAUUUUAAUGACAAAGGAAUCAUGGUUCUUGGUUGUGGGCCCUAUCACAUUGGGAGCAGUGUUGAGUUUGACUGGUGUGCAGUGUCCAGCAUCAGAGCUUUGAGACAGAUGGGCAAGAGGACAGUGGUGGUCAACCACAAUCCUGAGACAGUCAGCACUGACUUCGAUGAGUGUGACCGUCUUUACUUUGAGGAGCUGACACUUGAACGCAUCUUGGACAUCACCCAACAAGAGAGUUGCUCUGGCAGCAUUGUGUCAGUGGGAGGUCAGAUUCCAAACAACCUGGCUGCCCCCCUGCACGUGAAUGGGGUGAAGAUUCUCGGGACAAGCCCCCUGCAGAUCGACCGAGCUGAGGAGCGCUCUGUCUUCUCCAGUAUACUUGAUGACCUUGGUGUGGCACAAGCCCCGUGGAGGGCCCUCAGCUCCCUGGAAGAUGCUUUUGCUUUUGCUAACCAGGUUGGCUAUCCCUGCCUGCUGCGUCCCUCCUAUGUUCUGAGUGGCUCUGCCAUGAACGUUGUGUACGGAGAGGAGGAGAUGAAACGCUUCUUGGAGGAGGCCACUCAGGUGUCCCAGGAGCAUCCAGUGGUCAUCACCAAGUUCAUCCGCGGGGCCCGGGAGGUAGAGGUUGAUGCUGUAGCUAAGAAUGGCAAGGUGCUUGUCCAUGCCAUAACAGAGCAUGUGGAAGAUGCAGGAGUACACUCAGGAGACGCCACACUAAUGCUGCCAACCCAGACUAUCAGCCAGGGGGCGCUAGAGAAGGUUAAGAUCGCCACUCGCAAAAUUGGUCAGGCGUUUGAAAUUUCAGGCCCCUUUAACACUCAGUUCCUGGUUAAAGGCAAUGAUGUCAUGGUGAUAGAGUGCAACCUGCGAGCAUCCCGCUCCUUCCCUUUUGUGUCAAAAACAAUCGGUGUGGACUUCAUCAACGUGGCAACCAAAGUGAUGGUUGGAGAGCCUUUGGAUGAGGCCAGCCUGCCCUCUCUGGAGAAACCCAUCAUUCCUGUCGACUUUGUUGGCAUCAAGGCACCCAUGUUCUCCUGGCCCCGGCUGAGGGAUGCAGACCCCGUGCUCCGCUGUGAGAUGGCUUCCACUGGAGAAGUAGCUUGUUUUGGACCAAACAUUUAUUCAGCCUUCCUCAAGGCUAUGCUCUCCACAGGCUUCAAGCUCCCACAGAAGGGCAUCCUGAUUGGGAUUCAGCAAUCAUUCCGACCCAAUUUCCUGGCUACUGCCCACCAGCUGAAAGAGGAGGGGUUCAAGCUCUAUGCCACUGAAGCUACUUCUGCCUGGCUGUGUGCUAAUGAUGUGCCUGCUACUCCUGUGGCUUGGCCCUCUCAGAAGGAAGAAGACACCAGUUUGCCCAGUAUAAAGAGAUUGAUCAGUGAGGGUCACAUUGACCUAGUGGUCAACCUACCCAACAACAACACCCGCCACCUGAAGGACAACUUUGCCAUCCGCAGAAUGUCCGUUGACUACGGUGUCCCCCUUAUCACCAAUUACCAGGUGGUGAAGCUAUUUGCAGAGGCCAUUCGCUAUGCAGGUGAACUCGACACUACCAGCCUCUUUCACUACAGGCAGAAAGAAAGCCAACAAAGAGGUGCUAGCCAGCAGCACUGAAGCUGUCUUUAGUUCCCUGUGGAUUCUUAGUUACACAAAAGCAUUAAGUGGGAGCAAAUUUCUCUUAGUACAGUUUCCUUAAAAUGUCAUGUUUCUGUUUACCCACCUCAGUGUGCGAGGGAGUGUGUUGUUACCUAGACCAAAACACAAUGACUAACAAUGUUAUUGGAUCAUGACAGUGUGGCUUAAUAAGUUAUUCUUGAAAAGGGGUAUAGAUCAGGACUUUUUUUUUUUUAAAUACAUAAGAGUGAAGAAUUCAAAACAAGUACAAAUUAGAACUGAAAUAACAAACAGUUGUUGUGAUUGCAAGUUAGGAAAAGACCAGUUUGCUACUCCUACAACAAUUAACAUUCAUUAUGAUAUGAACAAUUACCAGUCAUUACAUGCUUAUGAAAAUUAACUUGUAUUAAGUUGGUUCAAGAUACAAAAAAUGAAUGGUGGACCAGAAGCUCUGCAGAUUUUCCAGGAAUGUCAAAGGUCAAAAAGGCUCUUAAAGUUGACUUUCUAAGUGCCUGAAAAAAGAAACAGGGAUAACAUGUCAUUAACCUGGUACCAGGGAGGGUUUUUAGUGAAGGAUAUCUUGAAGAGGGAGAGUGUUUCUGUUUUGUUGUUUCAGUGAUAGUAUUUUCAUUAAUUUAAGGUCCAUUUUUUUAGAUUCUUUUUUCUUUUUCUCCUUUAUUGUUUAAGUACUGGUGUCUUAAUAUGAUGUUUGUCCGGACUUUCAUCUCUUCAUCUCUCCCUGAGCUCCCCAUAACAGUAUACGUACUGUUUAAGAACUGAAGCUUGUGUAAGACAAGAGGAACUGCUCUAACAGUUAUUCUUCUGCACUUUUUAAGAAGAGGGAACGUUUAUUUUUAAGAGUUAAGUCUAGAGCCCUUUUUAAAAGCUCAGCCUUAAUGAAAAUGAUCUGUUUAUAUAUUUGGAUUUAUGUCUGUAAAUACUGUAUGUUUGCAACCUAGUCUGUAUUUGAUCCUGCUCUGUGUUUUAAA